AGGACUGUCCGGAAGGCGUUGAUGAGGAAAGCUUCAAGCGCAUGCACGAGCUGCGUGCGGAGAAGCUUCGGGCGGAGGUGGAGGUGGCGAAAGGAGCCAUGGUUCUGUCCGAAAUGGGUGGAUUCUUGUCUCACUUGGAGCGAGAGUGCGCCGACGCCAAGGGAGACCGAGACCGCUUAGAGCGAGAACUUCGGGAACAUAAGGAAUUGAUGAACAGUGAGCUCUACGACAUCGAGAUCCUCUUUAAGCUGAAGCAGGGUCAGGUUGAAGUGCCACAAGCUGCCGUGGUGACCGAUUACUCGGAUGCCAUUGUGAUCGACCAGGAGGUGGUCGAAUCCCGGAAUAGAAGGAUCACGGAUCUUGGAAAAGACAAGGUUCACAUCCUGACCAAGAUCAAGGAGUUCCGAAAAUCCUUGAGCCUGUUGGACUGGGAGCAUGAAAUGCUGGCGCUGCAAACCACCGAUUUGGAGGAGAGAACCAAAGAUGUACAUAUGCUCCGUGUGACCAAGGACCUGCAAUCUUUGCUCAAAGGUGGCGAAGAAGGCAGAAACAAGGCAGAAUCGGAUUUGCUUGAAAGAAAGAUCGAGCACUUGAGCGAGGCCACUGAGAAGAAGGAGCAGGCACUGAAGAAGCAGCAUUCGAUGGUGUCGCAUGCUGCAAAGCUCCGAAAGAACGAGAACACGAUGUUGGAGAAGAAGCUGCGUGAGCUGCAGCAGAACGUGAUCCAGAGAGAGCACAUCCGUCGCCUCCGGGGCCCCGCGGGUGGCGGGCAGCAGAAGACCGGUGGUGGCGGACGGGUGGAGGAAGAUGAGGGUGCCGCCAAAGCCGCGCGGGCUGCGUUCAAGGAGUUGAGAAGUCGCCAAAGACUCAUGGAGGCUGCUAAGAAGAACACCGAAGAAAUCGAAAUUCUUCACAAGGAGCUGGACCGACUGCGGCAGAGAACCUUCCCGUCCUUUGUCCAGUUGCACGAGGACAGGCCGUCCAACCCCGACUUCAGAUGAUGCUGUACGAUAAAAGACAGCAUUUUCCAGGAUACUGGGACCCUGCAAAACAGAGUUCUCAGUCUCAGUUUCACCCAGGCAGAUUAAGCUCGGUUGUCAGAGCUUUUCGCCCAACAUCAACAGCCAAGCAGUAAAAUUUUGGCCAGACGAAAGCCUCUGACAAGCUUCCAAGCUCACAUUCCAGAUGCCCAAACUGGUCAACUGGACGGUCUCACUUUGCAUGUUUCGACGUGUCAAGUGAUCACCCAUGAAAACA